GCAUACAGCAAUGUUCACACUUGAAUUCAACAUUAUUGUACAAUAUAUACUUUAAUUGAAUUAUUUUAGUAAACUUAACCCAACACCUUAACUGGGUUAAGCAAGGUAAAUCAUUGUUUUUGUGUUUUAUUACUUAAUUGACUACUAUUAUAUACCAAAUAACAGAAACACUGACAGUUGAGUAUGAGUUAUUAUAACUUGUUGUAUUUAAGUUGUCCCAAUGCCCAGUUAUUAAUUUCUUGAAUACUUAUUUCUUGAAUAUUUGCAUUUGUUCAACACAGCUUGACAUAAGCUAUGUUACAAAUUGUAUUUUUGUAACAUUCAAGGCUAACAUUGUGGUUAAAUUGCUCAACAUACUUUAUAUUAAACUAAUUAUUCACAUAUUUUCCAUGAUAUUUUUUUUCCAUAUGGGUGCCAAAAUCUAUGAAACAUAAUGUGGUGGUAAAAUCAGUAGUUGCAGUUGUUUUUCCUUUCAUAAAUAAAAGCUGAAUUGUGAUUUGGAAUUUGCAGUGCUGGCUGGCAGGAUGGUGCAGUUCCCCCCGGUGGUGAAGGUGAGGUCAGGAGAGUCAGUAAGAAUGAGCUGCCAGCUGAACGGAGUGAAGGCCUACUGCUACACUGUGGCCUGGCUGAGGGUCAGACCCAGCAGAGGGACACUGGCCAUCAGUAAAGAAGCUUCCGGACUCCUCUGGAAUCAAACCCUCCUCACACAGGGCACAGUGUGUCCAACAGUCAUUCAUAAUGCAAAACCUGAGGAUUCUGGGAUCUAUUACUGUACCGUUACAGACAAAAAGAAGAUCUAUAUUGGCAAUGGCACAAGUGUGUAUGUGCAGGCACUCAGCUCCACAGCGCCCUCUGCUGAGCUGAUCUGGUUCCGCCGCAGCUCCGCUUCCAGCUCUGCAGUACCUGUGCAGUGUGUGGUGAAAGGUGUAGUGCCAUCACGGGUACAGGUGUACUGGAGUAAAGGUGUGAGGCGCGAGCGUGGUCAGGUGGAGUGUGUGUGGAGUGAGGGUGAAGUGUUUAUAGUGAGUCAGACGCUGCUGAGGCCUGAGGACUGUGAGAGAGGAGAGAGCUGCGCCUGUGUGGUGGAGCAUGAAGGACACACUCUCACCAAAACACUGCAACCAAACGAUAUGCAGGAGGGAUGCUACGCUGAUGUUGCUCUACACCGAGCUUUAGGUCUCACCGCCUCUCUUCUGCUCUUCAUCACUGCGGCCACAGCAGCGUCGUGCUCCACCAGGAAACAGCAUGCAGUAGAAGUGUGAUGUGUCACGUUUCUACAGAGUGAGUGUGAGGUUCUGGAAUCAACAUCAGCAUCCAAGUCCAAAAUGUAAAAAAGUUAUAGAUUAUUUUAAUUUUAAUUAUAAACAUAUUUUGUUGUUUUAAAUCUGUAAAAAAUAUAUAUAUUUAAAAAAAUAAUUAGAUCUGAUCAUCGUUUUGAACAAAAAUAAUUUUUACUACAUUGUUUGCAUUUUUCAAAUUCAAAAUAUUUUAAAUGUGUGUAAAUAAUGGAUUAUUUUUAUAGGUUCUUCUGUAUAUUCAGUACAUUUUCAGUUUUAUUUAGUGCUUAGAUCUAUAUAUUUAUUUAAACCUCUGCUGUAGACUAAUUACCUGAGCCUCACCACAAGCAUUUCAGUGCAUAAUUGUCCUGCCAUAUGUUGUGCAAAUGAUAAGUAAACAGUGAAAAACGUUAACAAUAUUCUUUGUCAUUCUCUAAUUGUGGGUUAUUUAUUUGAAAUAACUGGUUUAAAAUGGCUACUUUUAUAGCAACACCAUUAAAAGUAAAUGUGUAAAGUGCAGAUGCUCUUGUUUACAAACAGUCUGUUGAUAUCUGUUGAUGCUUGUUUGUAAUAAAAACAUUUUUACAUUCGCCUGUUUUUUUAU